AUGUCGUAUAGUAUCGGUAUAGAUGUGGGAACAGCAAGCGUUCGAUGUAUGAUUUUUGAUGAUAAAUAUAUGCCGAUUGUUCAAUGUCAAAAAUCGAUUGAAAUUUAUCAUACGCCUGGAACACAACAUUAUGAACAAUCAUCGAAUGAAAUUUGGACAGCUAUUUGCUAUUGUGUUAAAAAUUGUAUAAGUACGGGAAAUAUCAAUAUCAAUUAUGUUAAAUCAAUUGGUUUUGAUGCUACAUGUAGUUUAGUUGUGUUAGAUGAAAAAUUCGAACCUGUAACCGUAUCAUUAUCGGAAAAUGAUGAACGAAACAUAAUAAUGUGGAUGGAUCAUCGAGCUGGAAAUGAAACAACAGAAAUUAACUUAAAAUCAACAGAAAGUUGUGAUGAUGUUUUAAAAUUUUAUGGUGGAAAAAUAAGUUUAGAGCAACAACCAGGAAAAUUGUUAUGGUUAAAAAGAAAUAUGAAACAAAAUGUAUGCUGGAAACGAGCAAAACAUUUUUUUGAUUUACCCGAUUUUUUAAGAUGGAAAGCAACAGGCUCAUUGGAACGAUCAGUAUGCUCGUGUGUUUGUAAAUUGUGUUAUCGAUCAUCAGAAGAAAAACAAUAUUGGGAUGAAAAAUUUUGGUCAAGAUUUGAUAUGAACGAUUUGUGUGAAAAUAAUUUUGAAAAACUUGGAACAACUGUUCGAAAACCAUUUUCAACAUCAAAUUUUGAUUUAUUAAGUAAGAAUGUAGCUGAAGAACUUGGUAUAAAAGAUGGGAUUCGUGUUGGAACACCUCUCAUAGAUGCAUAUGCUGGAGCAUUAGGAGGACUAGCUUGUAAAUCACCAGUUAAAGAUUCACAUUUGACUGAACGAUUAGUGAUCGUUGCUGGAACAUCAUCUUGUUUUAUGGCAUGCAGCAAAAAGCCCGUAUUUGUUCCUGGUGUUUGGGGACCCUACUAUGAUGUAUUAAUUCCUGGAUUGUGGGUUUCCGAAGGCGGACAAUCUGCUGCUGGCAAAAGUAUUGAUUAUAUUGUUCAAGGACAUAUAGCAUAUAGUGAAUUAAAAGCACUGGCUGAUCAAGAAAAUAAAACUCCAUUUGAUAUGUUGAUUAUACGACUACAAGAAUUGGAAAAGAAACAUAAUACAGCAAAUAUAUCCUUUCUAACAGCAAAUAUUCAUAUGACUGUCGAUUUCCAUGGAAAUCGUGCACCGGUAGCGGAUCCAGAUUUAGGAGCCGUUAUUUCGGGUAUAAAAUUGGAUAAUUCAUUGGAUAAUCUUGCUCUACAAUAUUUAGCAGUAAUUCAAGCUAUUGCAUACGAUGGAAAGCAUAUUAUCGAAGCAAUGACAAAAGCUGGUCAUCGUUUUAAACAAGUUCAAAUUUGUGGUGGUUUAUCACGAAUUCCAUUAUUGCCACAAAUUCAUGCUGAUGUAUUUCAAAUGCCCGUCUAUAUUUGUGAAGGAACAAAUGAUUGUGUUCUACUUGGUUCAGCUAUUAGUGGUAAAUUAGUAGCAGAUAAUGCUACGGAUGUUGAACACUUAUUAAACGAAAUAUCAGCACCAGUUCAAACAUUCAUACCUGAUAAGAACAUGGCCGAUUUUCAUAAUGAAAAAUAUACAAUUUAUUGUUCAUUACAACAAAUUGAAAUUUUUCGUGAAUGCGAUCGACGAGGAAAAGGUUAUCUGGAUGCAGAAGAUAUGAAAGUGGCUUCAAUACGAGUUUAUGGUUCGAAAAUGAAUAAGUAUGAGAUAGAAAGACUUUUCUCAAGUUUACCAAAAGACAGUCCAGCAGGUUUAACAUUAGACAGUUUUAUAUCGUAUGUGCAAAGUUUUGAUAAAAGAAUUGAUCCAGAAGAUCAAAAUCGAGAAACAUUCUUAGCCAUGGAUCGUACAUGUAAAGGAUUUUUGACAAAAGAAGAUUUUUACAGAGCAUUUGAAAAAUUAAACAUCAAAUUAAGCAACGAAGUGAUUGAUUCUGCUUUUCGACAAUUAGAUGUAGAUGGUGAUGGUCGUGUAAGUUAUCGUGACUUUGAUUUUAUGAUGAAUUAUGAUCCGAAUGAAUGA